GAUGGGUCUCGUGCUGGUCGUGAGAGGAAGAAGACAGUCUCCUUCAGCAGCAGUCUCUCUGAGAGGAAGAUCAGCAGCGCUGCAGACUGCAUCAGCGCUAUGGUGGGGAACAUCACCCGUUACACACACUAGUUACUACACUAGUUACUACACUAGUUACUACACUAGUUACUACACUAGUUACACUCUAGUUAUACAUUUCUGAAGUGGCAGUGUUUGUUGGUUUGUUUUUAUAUAAGUGACUGAAAUAUAACUGGGGUGUAUUUGUUAGUGCACACCGUAGCAAAACGAAAAACAAUAGUUUCUUAUUGGCCAAGUGCAGGUAGUCCCUCCCCGUUUUCGGCCCAUUUUCUUACUAGUGAAUAGGAUCAAGGUGUGUGCAUGAUUGAUUGCUGUCUGUCUCCAGAUGGAGGGUACUGAGUUUCGGAAGGUGCGCUCCAACUCCCGGGUCUACCAACGCUACUACUUGCUGGAGUCAGGUCUGCAGGCCCUGCGAUGGGAGCCCUCCAAGAAGGAGUCAGACAAGGCCUGUAUUGCCGUCCCCUCCAUCAGAGAGGUAGGUAGCUACGCACGCAUCGCCCUCCCCUCCAUCAGGGAGGUAGGUACACACCUACAAGGAGAACAAAGUGGAGAUGGGAUGUUAUGAACCUUUUAUAGACUUAACUCCUGAUAAAUGCAAUGACGUCUGGUUUCCUGCAAAAAAACAGAGCAAUUUAAUUAGAUGAUCUGCAAUACAUUUAAAUGGAGUUUGCACUCAUCAGGAAUUGACUAUUCUUCAGCGCUGUCUUGGAGCCAAAUAACUUUCAGUCAGUGAAUGGAACUGAGUGAAACAAUAGGAACAGUUGACUCCCAUGUGUACUGUUCUGUACUUCCUGGUCUCAAUUGAUUGGAUCCUUCUUUGUGUCAUUCUAGGUCCGCACCGGCCGCAACACAGAGACCUUUAGGACCAACGGCGUCUAUGACCAGAUCUCUGAGGACUGUGCCUUCUCUGUCAUCUACGGAGAGACCUAUGAAGCUCUGGACCUGGUGGCUUACUCUGCAGAGGUGGCCAACGUCUGGGUCACUGGCCUGAGGUAGGAUACAUGUCCACAAUGUCUUGCCGGGGUUGCCAGAUAUGGAUUUAGGAAACAUGUCAACAAUAUCUUACCGGGUUGCCAGAUCUGGAAGUUGGAUACAUGUCCACAAUAUCUUGCCGGGUUACCAGAUCUGGUUGUGCUUUAGUUUAGACAACUCUCCAUGGCCCAGUGGUGUCAUACCAAAAGGAUGUCAAGAUCUGGACUGGAACCCAAAUGGAAGUGAAUGAAAACAACUGGAACAGAUGACUCUCAUUGUGUUUCCUACCCUGGUAUCUUUCAAUUAUGACAUAAUCUCUGUGCAAUCCUUCUCUGUCUCAUCCUAGGUAUCUGAUUCUGUAUGGGAAGCAUGCCAUGGACAUGAUGGCCAGCAGUGAGGACAGCCUUCGUCUCGCCUGGCUAGCAGAGACAUUCUCCUCUAUGGUGGUGUCAGAUGGACAGGGUGGAGGAGAGGAGGAGGGGAUCAGUUUGCGAUCGGCUGUAGGACUGAUCAGGAGUGUUAACCCUGGGGUGAGGAGUGGGAAAGUGGAACACAGGUUUAAGGAGCUCCAUCGGCUCAAGGAGAGGACGAAUGGGGCGGGGACAACUGCAGUUGGAACUGAUGUUGGGACUGUGGCUGGAGCUGAAGCAAAGGUUGGCGCUUCAAUUGUAGCUGUUGCUGGGAUUGGCUCAGGAGCUGGCGAUGAGGACGGGGACAGGGUUCCAGCUGGGGCCGGAGCUGAGGAAAGGAAUGGGGAAGAGUCUGGAGCUGGGACUGGAGCAAACACAGACAACAGAAGAGGAGGAAUACAGGACAGGGUCACCAAGGAGGAGUUCAUUGAGGUCUUCCACGACCUUUGCACCCGACCGGAGAUCUACUUCCUUCUGGUGCAGUUCUCUAGCAACAAGGAGUUCCUGGAUACCAAGGAUCUGAUGAGGUUCCUGGAGGUUGAGCAGGGCGUGGCUCAGGUAAGGAUUGGGAAGAUGACCACUUUUCUGUUCUACCAGUAGAACUGUUUCAUGGGUUUUCUGUUCUACCAGUAGAACUGUUUAAUGGGUUUUCUGUUCUACCAGUAUAACUGUUUCAUGGGUUUUCUGUUCUACCAGUAUAAUUGUUUCAUGGGUUUUCUGUUCUACCAGUAGAGCUGUUUCAUGGGUUUUCUGUUCUACCAGUAGAGCUGUUUCAUGGGUUUUCUGUUCUACCAGUAUAAUUGUUUCAUGGGUUUUCUGUUCUACCAGUAGAGCUGGUUUCAUGGGUUUUCUGUUCUACCAGUAGAGCUGUUUCAUGGGUUUUCUGUUCUACCAGUAGAGCUGUUUCAUGGGUUUUCUGUUCUACCAGUAGAACUGUUUAAUGGGUUUUCUCUCCCUUUGUCUCUCUCUCUUUUCCUCCUCUAUAGUCCCUCUUAGCUCUGUCUAGCUGAUAAGAAAUAAAGUGUCCCUCCAAUAGACAGUUGUUUGGUCGGGUUUUAUUUGAUCGAUUAGAAAUACAUAGAACGAUGUCACUUCAAGAGAUGCUCAUUUCUCUGUUCUCCUCUCCCCUCUGUGUCUAGGUGACAGAAGACACCAGUCUGGAGCUCAUCCAAUCCCACGAGCCGUCGGAGGAGGGCCGUCGCCAAGGCUGCCUCUCAUUGGACGGUUUCACCAGAUAUCUCACCUCCCUGGAGUGCCACCUGUUUGAACCGGAGCACAGCCAGGUGUGCCAGGACAUGAGCCAGCCCUUAUCCCACUACUACAUCAACUCCUCCCACAACACCUACCUCAUCGAGGACCAGUUCAAGGGGCCCACUGGCAUCACCGGCUACAUCCGAGCUUUAAAGAUGGGCUGCAGAUGUGUGGAGGUGGACGUCUGGGAUGGCCCUGACGAUGAACCCGUGGUUUAUACCGGUCACACCCUCACCUCGCCCGUCGUGUUCCACUGUGUCCUGGAUGUGAUCGGGCGUUUUGCGUUUGAGGCUUCGGAGUAUCCACUGAUCCUGUGCGUGGAGAACCACUGCUCCCCCUGCCAGCAGAGUGUCAUGCUCCAGCACCUGAGGAGGAUACUGGGGGAGAGGUUGUACACAGAGCCCCUCAGGGAAGGGGAGGGGUACCUGCCCUCGCCCCAUGCCCUGAGGGGCAAGAUCCUGCUGAAGGGGCAGAAGUUGGAGGAGGGGUGCGGGGGGACGGAGGGGGACGUGUCUGACGAAGAUGAGGGGGCGGAGAUGUGCCAGAGAAUGAAGGCUGGUAACAGUGGAGGAGGAGGAGAAGGAGGGGGGGAGGAAGGGCAGAAAGGUGGUGGGGGUGGUGGUACUAGUAGCAUGAAAACUCUGACCCCUCCUCCUACCCCUAAACGGUUCCAGCUCCUAAAGGAGCUCUCUGACUUGGUGACUCUGUGCAAGUCGGUACGCUUCACAGACUUCCAGACGUCGUUCUCUACCCAGAAACCCUGGGAGCUCUGCUCGUUCAACGAGACCCUGGCUGUGCGCUGCGCCAGCGAGCGGCCGGGAGACUUUGUCAACUACAACAAGCGCUUCCUGUCGCGGGUCUACCCCAGCGCCAUGCGCAUCGACUCCAGCAACAUGAACCCACAGGACCUGUGGAAGUGCGGUUGCCAGAUUGUGGCUUUGAACUACCAGACGCCUGGAUUGAUGAUGGACCUUAACAUCGCCUGGUUCCGCCAGAACGGGAAUAGUGGGUACGUGCUGCGACCCGCCAUCAUGCGACAGGAAGUGUCGUAUUUCAGCGCCGAUACGAGAGACUCUGUGCCGGGUGUGUCCCCUCAGCUGCUCCAUGUUAAGGUGAGUGGGUAGUAGAUAGACAACAGUGGUGUUUAUUUAUAUCUGUGUAAUAGAGGCUCCUAAUCACUUCCUGGCUUGUUGGCUCCUUAAUGGUUGAAUGGUAUUGUUUAAGUUAGUCAUUACACUUCUCUUAAUGGUAUUGGUUAAGUUAUUCAGUACACUUCUCUUAAUGGUAUUGGUUAAGUUAUUCAGUACACUUCUCUUAAUGGUUGAAUGGUAUUGUUUCAGUUAUUCAGUACACUUCUCAAUUGUUAAAUGGUAUUGUUUCAGUUAUUCAGUACACUUCUCAAUUGUUAAAUGGUAUUGUUUCAGUUAUUCAGUACACUUAUCUUAGUGGUUGAAUGGUAUUGUUUCAGUUAUUCAGUACACUUAUCUUAGUGGUUGAAUGGUAUUGUUUCAGUUAUUCAGUACACUUAUCUUAGUGGUUGAAUGGUAUUGUUUCAGUUAUUCAAUACAUUUACUUUAAUGGUUGAAUGGUAUUGUUUCAGUUAUUCAGUACACUUAUCUUAGUGGUUGAAUGGUAUUGUUUCAGUUAUUCAAUACAUUUACUUUAAUGGUUGAAUGGUAUUGUUUCAGUUAUUCAGUACACUUAUCUUAGUGGUUGAAUGGUAUUGUUUCAGUUAUUCAAUACACUUAUCUUAAUGGUUGAAUGGUAUUGUUUCAGUUAUUCAAUACACUUACUUUAAUGGUUGAAUGGUAUUGUUUCAGUUAUUCAGUACACUUACUUUAAUGGUUGAAUGGUAUUGUUUCAGUUAUUCAAUACACUUAUCUUAGUGGUUGAAUGGUAUUGUUUCAGUUAUUCAAUACACUUAUCUUAAUGGUUGAAUGGUAUUGUUUCAGUUAUUCAAUACACUUACUUUAAUGGUUGAAUGGUAUUGUUUCAGUUAUUCAGUACACUUACUUUAAUGGUUGAAUGGUAUUGUUUCAGUUAUUCAGUACACUUAUCUUAGUGGUUGAAUGGUAUUGUUUCAGUUAUUCAAUACACUUAUCUUAAUGGUUGAAUGGUAUUGUUUCAGUUAUUCAAUACACUUACUUUAAUGGUUGAAUGGUAUUGUUUCAGUUAUUCAGUACACUUACUUUAAUGGUUGAAUGGUAUUGUUUCAGUUAUUCAAUACACUUACUUUAAUGGUUGAAUGGUAUUGUUUCAGUUAUUCAGUACACUUACUUUAAUGGUUGAAUGGUAUUGUUUCAGUUAUUCAAUACACUUACUUUAAUGGUUGAAUGGUAUUGUUUCAGUUAUUCAGUCACUUACUUUAAUGGUUGAAUGGUAUUGUUUCAGUUAUUCAAUACACUUACUUUAAUGGUUGAAUGGUAUUGUUUCAGUUAUUCAGUACACUUACUUUAAUGGUUGAAUGGUAUUGUUUCAGUUAUUCAGUCACUUACUUUAAUGGUUGAAUGGUAUUGUUUCAGUUAUUCAAUACACUUACUUUAAUGGUUGAAUGGUAUUGUUUCAGUUAUUCAGUACACUUACUUUAAUGGUUGAAUGGUAUUGUUUCAGUUAUUCAGUACACUUACUUUAAUGGUUGAAUGGUAUUGUUUCAGUUAUUCAGUACACUUAUCUUAGUGGUUGAAUGGUAUUGUUUCAGUUAUUCAGUACACUUACUUUAAUGGUUGAAUGGUAUUGUUUCAGUUAUUCAGUACACUUACUUUAAUGGUUGAAUGGUAUUGUUUCAGUUAUUCAGUACACUUACUUUAAUGGUUGAAUGGUAUUGUUUCAGUUAUUCAGUACACUUAUCUUAGUGGUUGAAUGGUAUUGUUUCAGUUAUUCAGUACACUUAUCUUAGUGGUUGAAUGGUAUUGUUUCAGUUAUUCAGUACACUUAUCUUAGUGGUUGAAUGGUAUUGUUUCAGUUAUUCAGUACACUUAUCUUAGUGGUUGAAUGGUAUUGUUUCAGUUAUUCAGUACACUUGCAUUAAAAUAAGGUGUGUGAACAUUUCAAUCAAACAAACAGACAAUCAAUCAAUCAAUAAAUGGAUCCAUCCAUGCAGGUGAUCAGUGGUCAGAACCUUCCCCGUCCGAGGGGUUCUGGAGCUAAAGGAGACGUGGUGGACCCGUAUGUCUACGUGGAGAUCCAUGGUAUCCCUGCCGACUGCGCCGAGCGCCGCACCCGCACAGUGAUGCAGAACGGAGACAACCCCAUCUUUGACGAGAGCUUUGAGUUCCAGAUCAACCUGCCCGAGCUGGCCAUGGUGCGCUUCGUGGUGCUGGACGAUGAAUUCAUAGGGGACGAGUUCAUAGGUCAGUAGUGGAAGGAGGGUGAAGGUCAGCUCUGCACUGACUGCUAGUCCGGUGUCCAGUCUGCUUUUGGUUGAACUUGUUGUCUGAAGCCAACUAAUGAUACUACAACAACCUUUCAGCCAUAUGAAGGUUAUUGCUAGCUUACUAGCAAGUACCACUAGCUAAGAUAAAGAACACUUGGUAGCAGUUAGUGAGUGAACAUUCACUAUCUUCUCAAGGUAAUUUCAUUGUCUAACACUCCUGUACAUCAUUUGUAAUCCCCUCUGUUUUACCACAGGUCAGUACACCAUUCCACUGGAGUGCCUACAGCCAGGCUACCGGCACGUACCGUUACAGUCUCUGACGGGAGAGGAUCUCCCGUACGCCCGGCUGUUCGUCCAUGUGGCCCUCACCAACCGGAGAGGAGGGGGCAAGUCCCACAAGCGUGGGCUGUCUGUGCGGAAGGCGAAGCGAGGGAGGGAGUACGCUGCACUCCGGGACCUGGGGAUCAAAGCCGUGGACGAGGUUUUCAAAAUGGCCACCCCGCCACUAAAGGAGGCCACGGACCUGCGGGAGAACAUGCAGGUGAGAAGGAGAGGAUAAACAGUCAUUUAUCAAUCACAAUUUUCACAUUGAAGGACUGAAAUGCCUGUAUACCUAUAUUCACAAUGGAUGAUGUCUAACUCAGAAUAGCCAUGUCAAUUUAUGGUAGAUUAACCCAACCCAUGGAGGGUUCAAUCUCAGUGAUCACUAAGUUAUGACUCCGAGAUAAAGAUGGCUGACAUGGUCAUUCCUCCAGAGACAUCAACAGGUUCAGACUGAGUGGCGGUGGACAACACAGAACCAGUGAGAGAUUGUUUACUGCAUCUAAACUGGCUAGUUAGCCUGAUCUAUGAAGUUCUGCUUUAGACUGACAGGUUAUGGUUAUGGUAAACUGAUGGUAAGGUGAUUGUCCCUGUAAGCAUUUAGUCUGGCUGUCUAAGUGAUGUUGAGGACCUCUGAUCUGUUUAGGCUGGAGAUGACUGGGAUUCAUGCUAUGACACUAAUACAAAGAGACAGGGAACACACACACACUCUCUCUCAAACACACACACACCUAAACAGAAGUAAACACUGAAGGCAAGCACUAUGACAUCAUGAAGAGAUUAGAACAGCUUCUCUGUCAGUGUCAGUUGUUAAAGCAGGUUGACGUUUAUUGUCAUAAAUCCUGCCCUGGGGGCAAAGCUGAGUGAUUUCCGCUAGAUGGGCCAGCAGCUAAGUCAAAAUUAGCGAAAUUGUAAAAAUUAAUGUGAUUUUUUGGUCUUAAUUUAAUGUUAGGGUUUGGCAUUAGGGUUAGCAGUGUGGUUAAGGUUAGUGUUAAGGUUAGGGCUAUGUUUAAAAUCUAGUGACCACUCUGCAGAGCUGCCCCCAGAACAACAUUCAUGAUGAAAAACGCUAACCUGUGUUCUUAAAUAAAACUGUUUACAUUUAGAUUUUAGCAGUUCAAUGACCGCAAUAAACAUUAAUUUAAUAGUGUGGCAGUGAUACGGUCAAUUUGUGAUUGUCACUUUCACCAUCUCCCAAUAAAGCUUCUCUAAUUCAAUCAGAUGUUCUCAGUGAUGGUAUCCCAGGAAACCAUGUCACAGUUUGAUCCACGAUUAAACCCUCAGCAACUAAUCACUUAGUAGGGGAUUACAUUUACAUUUUAGUCAUUUAGCAGACGCUCUUUACCAGAGCGACUUACAGUUAGUGAGUGCAUACAUUAUUUUUUUAUACUGGCCCCCCGUGGGAAUCGAACCCACAACCCUGGCGUUGCAAACGCCAUGCUCUACCAACUGAGCUACAUCCCUGCCGGCCAUUCCCUCCCCUACCCUGGACGACGCUGGGCCAAUUGUGCGCCGCCCCCAUGGUUCUCCUGGUCGCGGCCGGCUUCGACAUGGCCUGGAUACGAACCAGGAUCUCUAGUGGCACAUUUUGUUAGUCCCCAUGAGGUCAAACGCUAUUUCUAGGGGGUUUAGGGUUAAGGUUAGAAUUAGUGUUAGGGUUAGAAUUACGUUAACGGUUAGGGUUAGGAGUUAGGGAUAGGGUUAGGAGCUAGGGUUAGUGUUAGGGUUAGGAGCUAGGGUUAGGUUUUUGGGUUAGGGUAAGAGUAUGGGUUAGGGUUAGGGUAAGGUUUAGGGUCAGGGGAUAGGGAAAAUAGGAUUUUGAAUGGGACUGAAUUGUGUCCCCCCACAAGGUUAGCUGUACAAUACUGUGUGUUUUUAUAUAGAUGUGUGUGUGUGUUGCAUAACCCCCCCCCCCCCCCCGACCCUCUGUAUCUCUCUCUGUCCCUGUAGAACUCGGUGGCAGUGUUCAGGGAGUUGUGUGGGGUGUCAGCGGUGGCUAACCUCAUGCAGUGUGUAUUGGCCCUGGGGUCCCGUGUGGUGGGGGCCGACGGGGACCCCCUGAUGCUGUUUGAGCUGAGGGAGCAGUACCCUUCCAUGGAGCCCCAGGGGCCCCUGCCGGACGUCCUACGCAGGGUAGUCUCCACCUUCGAAACGGUGAGGAUCAAUCAAUUAAUCAAUCCUUUACAUUUUAUUUACAGUAUGUAGCGCUUUGGGUUUCGGUUGAGAAUAGUUGUGCAGGUUAGAUUAAACAAUCCACCAGUCAGAUAGCUGUGGUUUAAAUGAAACAAUCCACUGGUCAGAUAGCUGUGGUUUAAAUUAAACAAUCCACUGGUCAGAUAGCUUUGGUUUAAAUUAAACAAUCCACUGGUCAGAUAGCUGUCGUUUUAAUUAAACAGUCCACUGGUCAGAUACAGUGGGGAGAACAAGUAUUUGAUACACUGCCGAUUUUGCAGGUUUUCCUACUUACAAAGCAUGUAGAGGUCUGUCAUUUUUAUCAUAGGUAUACUUCAACUGUGAGAGACGGAAUCUAAAACAAAAAUCCAGAAAAUCACAUUGUAUGAUUUUUAAGUAAUUAAUUUGCAUUUUAUUGCAUGACAUAAGUAUUUGAUCACCUACCAACCAGUAAGAAUUCCGGCUCUCACAGACCUGUUAGUUUUUCUUUAAGAAGCCCUCCUGUUCUCCACUCAUUACCUGUAUUAACUGCACCUGUUUGAACUCGUUACCUGUAUAAAAGACACCUGUCCACACACUCAAUCAAACAGACUCCAACCUCUCCACAAUGGCCAAGACCAGAGAGCUGUGUAAGGACAUCAGGGAUAACAUUGUAGACCUGCACAAGGCUGGGAUGGGCUACAGGACAAUAGGCAAGCAGCUUGGUGAGAAGGCAACAACUGUUGGCGCAAUUAUUAGAAAAUGGAAGAAGUUCAAGAUGACGGUCAAUCACCCUCGGUCUGGGGUUCCAUGCAAGUUCUCACCUUGUGGGGCAUCAAUGAUCAUGAGGAAGGUGAGGGAUCAGCCCAGAACUACAGGACAGGACCUGGUCAAUGACCUGAAGAGAGCUGGGACCACAGUCUCAAAGAAAACCAUUAGUAACACACUACGCCGUCAUGGAUUAAAAUCCUGCAGCGCACGCAAGGUCCCCCUGCUCAAGCCAGCGCAUGUCCAGGCCCGUCUGAAUUUUGCCAAUGACCAUCUGGAUGAUCCAGAGGAGGAAUGGGAGAAGGUCAUGUGGUCUGAUGAGACAAAAAUAUAGCUUUUUGGUCUAAACUCCACUCGCCGUGUUUGGAGGAAGAAGAAGGAUGAGUACAACCCCAAGAACACCAUCCCAACCGUGAAGCAUGGAGGUGGAAACAUAAUUCUUUGGGGAUGCUUUUCUGCAAAGGGAACAGGACAACUGCACCGUAUUGAGGGGAGGAUGGAUGGGGCCAUGUAUCGCGAGAUCUUGGCCAACAACCUCCUUCCCUCAGUAAGAGCAUUGAAGAUGGGUCGUGGCUGGGUCUUCCAGCAUGACAACGACCCGAAACACACAGCCAGGGCAACAAAGGAGUGGCUCUGUAAGAAGCAUCUCAAGGUCCUGGAGUGGCCUAGCCAGUCUCCAGACCUGAAUCCAAUAGAAUAUCUUUGGAGGGAGCUGAAAGUCUGUAUUGCCCAGCGACAGCCCCGAAACCUGAAGGAUCUGGAGAAGGUCUGUAUGGAGGAGUGGGCCAAAAUCCCUGCUGCAGUGUGUGCAAACCUGGUCAAGACCUACAGGAAACGUAUGAUCUCUGUAAUUGCAAACAAAGGUUUCUGUACCAAAUAUUAAGUUCUGCUUUUCUGAUGUAUCAAAUACUUAUGUCAUGCAAUAAAAUGCAAAUUAAUUACUUAAAAAUCAUACAAUGUGAUUUUCUGGAUUUCAACCGUCUCUUACAGUUGAAGUGUACCUAUGAAAAAAAUUACAGACCUCUACAUGCUUUGUAAGUAGGAAAACCUGCAAAAUCGGCAGUGUAUCAAAUAUUUGUUCUCCACACUGUAGCUGUGGUUUAAAUUAAACAAUCCACUGGUCAGAUAGCUGUGGUUUUAAUUAAACAAUCCAUUGGUCAGAUAGUUGUGGGGUCGUCUGGGGUUAUGUUACAGUGAUGUUUUUAUGUAAGAUGUGUGAUGACGGUGAGAUGUGUGAUGACGGAGGGAUGUGUGAUGACAGUAAGAUGUGUGAUGACAGGUUUUAAAUUGAUUACUGAUUUAAUUUAAAAGUGAUUGUUUUCGAGACUGAUCUUGUGUACACUGUCUACAGAUGAUCCAGGCGAGCAGAGCAGUGAUUGAGCUGUCAGACGGAGUCUACGACAGGAUCCUACAGAUACAGACAACA